AUGAAAUUACUCAUCGUUUUCUCUCUCCUGAUUGUUCUCAUUGUAUUCCAGGUACAAAUUUCUUAUGUCUCCUUAAAUAAUCCUGCUUCUCCUGGCUACUAUCAAGAUGGGGAUUUUGUUAUCGGAGGACUCUUUUCCCUUAGAAUGACUACUGGAGACACUAGAAGUAAAUUAUUUGACUUUAAAGAUGCAAUCUAUUUGCCAGAAUAUGUUUAUGGAUAUCUCACUAAACAUUAUCAGCACAUGUUGGCAAUGAUUUUUGCUAUAGAAAAAAUCAACAAGGACCCAAAUAUUCUAUUCAAUAUGUCCCUUGGAUUCUAUCUCUUCAAUGUUGACUUUAUUGAGAAGAAGGCCAUAGAGAGUUCUAUGGCUUUGCUCUCAGGAGAGAGCCCCCCAGUUCCUAACUACAGCUGCAGGCCUGAGAAGACUGAUAAGCUGGUUGCAGUGAUAGGGGGCAUUUCAACAGGAAUAUCAACUCAGAUCUCCCGAGUUCUAAGUCUCUACAACAUUCCACAGAUCAGCUAUGCUCCUUUUGACCACAGUCUUGGGACCAGAGUCCAGCUCCAGUCUCCUUACCAGUUUCCGAUGCACACUACAGCUCUAUAUCAUGGAAUAAUUCAACUGCUACUAUACUUCACUUGGGUCUGGGUUGGCAUGGUGGUUACAGAUGAUAUGAGGGGAGAACUCUUCCUGAGGGACAUCACAGAGGAGAUGAACAACCAUGGACUUUGUGUUGCAUUUGUAGAAAAGAUUCCAGAAUUUUCUGCUCAGGACAGAGUAACCAAAAAAGCUUUUAUGGAAAGAUACACAUCAACACGUGUUAUUGUUGGAUUUGGUGACACAUAUUCUCUUCUGAGGUUUGUUAGUAGUAUCAUUUUCCACACUAAUUUUGGUAAUGUCUGGAUCACGACUUCUUAUUGGGAUUUCACCAUACUUCCUUUUUACCAAUUUAUAAGUAGAGCAUUAUUCUCUGUUGGAAGAUUAUCAUUUUCUGUUCGCAUGGAUCAAAUUCUGGGAUUCAAGGAUUUUCUCAGAAGUGUUCAACCUAGAAAAUACCCUCAUGAUAUCUUUCUCCAGGAUGUGUGGUCGAUCUUAUUUAAAUGUCCAUAUUCCUAUCAGCAUGGAGUCAGGAUACUAACUCAAUGUGAGCAAAAUGGCACCCUGAGCACACGACCUCUGCAUGUUUGGGACAUGAAUACCUUACCCCCAAGCUACAAAGUCCAUGCUGCUGUAUAUGCCAUUGCCCAGGCACUCCAUGAAGAGCUGUCACUUGGAAUGGAAGGAGACUCCUUCACUAAAUGUGUACCCCAGACUCAUCUCCCAUGGAAGCUCCAUCCAUUUUUACAAAAGGGCAAACUAUGGAGAAGGACCAAUCAGGAGAAUAUUAUUAACAAGGAGGUUUUGGCAACUGUAUUUGACAUCUUCAAUUCCCAGUCUCUGCAAAAGGGUAAUGAAGUUCAAGUUCAAGUUGGCGAGUUUGUCUUUGAAUCUCACAGUGUUCAGCAUUUUUCCCUAAAUGAAAAACUCAUAACUUGGCCCAGAAACCAAAAGGAGAUUCCUUUGUCUCUUUGCAGUCAAAGUUGUCCACUUGGAUUUAGGAAAACACCUGUUGAAGGGAAACCCUCCUGUUGUUUUGAUUGUCUCCCAUGUCCAGAUGGAGAGAUUGCAAAUGAAACAGAUAUGGAUCAAUGCAUCAAGUGCCCUGAAGAUCAGUAUCCAAAUAAGCAGAGGAAUCAGUGUCUCCCUAAAAUUACAGCAUUUUUGUCCUGUGAAGAUCCUCUAGGAGCAGUUUUGGUUUCUGUGGCCAUUAGUUUAUCUGCCUUUUCAGCCAUGAUUUUAGGAUUAUUUAUCCACUAUCGGGACACACCCAUUGUCAGAGCAAAUAACAGAAAUCUCAGUUAUCUCCUCCUGGUUUCUCUAAUGCUCUGCUUCUUUUGCUCAUUGAUAUUCAUUUGUCAACCUACAACAGUCACUUGUAUCUUGAGACAAAUGAUUUUUGGGGUUGUAUUUUCUAUUACCAUUUCUGCUAUCUUAGCAAAGACCUUCAUUGUGGUUGUGGCCUUCAAAGUCAUCAAACCAGGAAGCACCUUACAAACAUGGAUGGUGACCCGAGUCUCAAAUGCUAUAGUCUGCUGUGGUUCCAGCAUUCAAGUGUGCAUCUGUGCAGUCUGGCUGGGAACGUAUCCCCCUUUCCCUGAUGUCGACAUGCAGUCAGAGUUUGGGCAAAUCAUCCUCUGGUGUAACGAGGGCUCCACCCUUGCCUUCUAUUGUGUUCUGGGCUACUUGGGCUUUCUGGCCAGUCUCAGCUUGCUUAUUGCCUUCCUGGCAAGAAGGCUGCCAGACACAUUCAACGAGGCAAAAACAAUCACAUUCAGCAUGCUGGUUUUCUGCAGUGUGUGGAUUUCUUUUGUACCCACUUACCUGAGCUCCAAAGGCAAAACCAUGGUGGCUGUGGAAAUCCUUUCAAUUCUGGCCUCUAGUUCUACACUAUUGGGCUGCAUAUUUCUUCCCAAAUGCUAUGUUAUCCUAAUGAGGUCAGGUGGCCAUUCUAGAAAGAAGAUCUUUAAAUGA